UGACCUGGCUGUCAUGUAAAUAGUAAACAAUGACACGUUGGAAGAUACACGUCAGGCAAUUCCAACCUGGAAUGUCCUAUAUAACGUGUUCGAGACACGGACGUUCAUCAUUCUACGAUUAAGCACGAGCACAGAGACACUACUACGUAAACGUUCGAGAUGAUUGAAAUCAGUAUCCCAAGUACUCCUAUGCUGGAUAACAGAACUUAUAAUGAAAGUAAAGACGAUGACUUUACAAAUGAAUCACAACUUCAGUAUUUUCGAGAUAUUCUCCAAAUCUACAAGAAGCAUAUACCUGUAAAUGAAAUGGAUGUGCCAAUGUCUGGGGGAAUUCAACACUUGAUGAACAAAACAUGUGUGAGAGAGCAACCAAGAGCCAGACAACCAGGGCAGUCAGAAACAGAGUCACACAUCAACAAUAUGCCAGAUAGUGUACUGCUUCACAUAUUCUCAUAUCUUGAUGUGGAGAACUUGUGCAGGAUGACUGAAGUCUGCCACAGAUGGUUGAAUGUCAGCUCAGAUAACAUCCUCUGGCAACAACGGCUGGAGAGUGAUGUCAAAUCAUGGAGUAUUAUUGGCCAUACCACAAACCCAACCAUGUAUAAGGAAUGCCAGUCUGAUUGGUCUAACAAAGAAAUAUAUUUAAGGUGCUCACCACAAGUUAAUAACUUGAAGAUACGAGAGAAUCUCAACUUCCACUACAUCUCAUCACUGCUCAGAUCUUUCCUCCCUAAGAAGGUGCCAAAAGUUGCCAUGUUUGGCCCAGGUCUGGAGUCAAGCACAAGUGGCCUUGUAAGACAGAUAUUAUGGGAUACAUCAGGGGUCUUUACUAGAAUUGGAAUGUUCCCAGGACAAUUUGAUGGUGUGGGAGGAGGCUUCAGUUUGAAGUUAAAAUCUGGCUGUAUGCUCCAUCUAUCCACACUCUACACAUCAACAAAGAGAGAACGUGAGCAAGUUUUCGAUGGGAAUCGUCUGAGAAAUAAUCGACUUAUUGCAGUACAGCAAGCAGAAGAGGGUGCCAUAGAAGACAUAGAGCAAUAUGAACUUAGACAAUCUGUUAAAGAUUUAUGUAGGACAUUAGAUGCUUUCAUUUUUGUUGUGGAUGCUACAGAGAGUAUACAAAAUUUAGAGUUGAUGAGACGGGAGUUGUUUGCGUUGGUCAAUGAAAGAUGGGCUGCCCCCAGUAUACCUGUACUAGUGCUGUCAUGUAUACAGGAGACUUCAACACAGAGGGUACCCUGUAUUGAUGUAGUAACUGCUUUGAAUAUGACAAAGCUCAACAGACCAUGGCAGGUGCAUGAUGUACAGCUGUCUUGCCAGAAUAAAAUUGGAAGUUCGAUACAAUGGUUAGUGGAACAGGCCCAACGAGUGUGACUUAAGAGACUAUACAAUGGUCAAUUCAAAUGGAGUAGGGAGUGAAUUCAAAAGCUACCAUAUUCACUGUAAUUAGCGCCCAGGGCAUUUAGAAAUACAAAGAUUAGUGCAGUGACACAGGGCCAACAAGUGUGAUUUAUGAAGUUGCACUAUAAAAUGGUUAGUGAAUAGGCAGAACAAGUGUACCCUAAUACUAUGCAGUAACAUUCUACAAUGAUAUUUCUAGUCAACAUGGCAGUUUCUAUGGUACAUGGCAGUUUCUAUGGUACAUGACAGUUUCUAUGGUACAUCCACGAUACACCCACCGGGUUAACAUGAUACGAAGUUUUGACAACAGGGAGGUUGUGUAAUGCUAAAAGGAACUAAAACUGUUUUCUUUGGACAGUCUAAAUAUAGAGUAGUCUAGCGCACAGUUCAAAGAAAGCAUUGGUAGUAUAAAUCAAAGAAGGGUCCACCACAAGCUAUUUCUUGGAAAUGUGCACCAGACUGGCAUGAAUAUGAAUAUAUUAUUCUGAACAUGUGAAUAAUGUUUUUUACAAUAUCAAUUAUUUAUUUUGUAUUUAAUAAAGAUAAUUUGAAAAAUAGCAUAAUAAAUACUUUUAUACAAAAUAUGGUUUA